AUGAACUACCCCUUAACCAUGGACAUGGACCUCAUCAUCAACUACAACCCGGAGGACCUAUACAAGGAAUUAGGCAACUACAGCUACAGCACGGAGACCUCCCCAGUGGAAAACCACGUCUGCUCCGCCGCGGAGGGGCCCCUGCUGACCUCCUUCAAGGCCGUGUUCAUGCCCCUGGCCUACGGCCUCAUCUUCCUCCUGGGCGUGAUGGGCAACGUCCUGGUGCUGGUGAUCCUGGAGCGGCACCGGCAGACGCGCAGCUCCACCGAGACCUUCCUGUUCCACCUGGCGGCGGCGGACCUGCUGCUGGUCUUCAUCCUGCCCUUUGCUGUGGCCGAGGGCUCCGUGGGCUGGGUCCUGGGCACCUUCCUCUGCAAGACGGUGAUCGCUCUGCACAAGAUCAACUUCUACUGCAGCAGCCUCCUGCUGGCCUGCAUCGCCGUGGACCGCUACCUGGCGAUCGUCCGCGCCGUGCACGCCUACCGCCGCCGCCGCCGCCUGUCCGUCCGCCUCACCUGCGCCGCCGUCUGGCUGGCCGGCUGCUGCUUCGCCCUGCCCGAGAUCCUCUUCGCCAAGGUGAGCCAGGCUCCUCGCAACGACUCGCUGCCGCUCUGCACCUUUUCCCAGGAGAACCGAGCCGAAACCAGCGCCUGGUUCGCCUCCCGCUUCCUCUACCAUCUGGGAGGAUUCCUGCUGCCCAUGCUGGUGAUGGGCUGGUGCUACGCGGGGGUGGUGCACAGGCUGUGCCAGGCCCAGCGGCGCCCUCAGCGGCAGAAGGCGGUCAGGGUGGCCAUCCUGGUGACAAGUGUCUUCUUUCUGUGCUGGUCACCCUACCACAUCGUCAUUUUCCUGGACACCCUGGUGAGGCUGAAAGCCGUGGGCAGCAGCUGUGAGCUGAACGGCUAUCUCUCCAUGGCCAUCACCAUGAGCGAAUUCCUGGGCUUGGCCCACUGCUGCCUCAAUCCCAUGCUCUACACUUUCGCCGGAGUGAAGUUCCGCAGUGACCUGUCACGGGUACUGACCAAGCUGGGCUGUGCCAGUCCUGCCCCCCUGUGCCAGUGCUUCCCUACUUGGCGCAAGAACAGCCUCUCCGAGUCAGAGAAUGCCACCUCCCUCACCACCUUCUAGGCCCCAGCCCCCUUGUUUCUACUUUUUUGGGGGAUGCCCUGAUGCCGGAACCCUCCACGGGCACUGGGAUCCGAGCUCCCCUGGGCAGAGUCCUUAUAUGGGGCAGCCAGAAUCAGCGCUUCAUUCCAGGACACCCGUCAGCCCUUCUCCCAGACCUGAGGCGAGGCUGGAGUCCAGGAAAGGGGAAGCAGCUCAAAGGCAAAACGAAGGAUACCUGUGUCACCUGAACCACCUUGGGCUGGAGGACCCCACACCCCUCUCAUCCUAACCAUCCAAAGCUCAAAAAACAAAUUUACUUCUGUCUUAGCCAGUAAGAAAGUCAUUACCCUCCUGGAACGCACUCUGCAACUACCCAGCUUCCCUCCCACCCCACCUGCCAAAAGAAGCUAAAAGCUGAGCACCAGGGAUGGAGGUUAAGGCUGAGGAAAGGCCAGCUGGCAACAGGGCGUGGCCUUAACAUGUCUUGUCUCUAACAAACACUGAUUCUGCCGGCUGUCAGCCCUACGGCAUCUGGACCGAGCAGGAAGCUCUGACUGGUGCCGGCCAGGUAACUGUCCCUGGCUCUGAUCAGAAUGAUACUGGGCCAGCUCCGUGUCACUGGAAGGUAUGCAGACUGGAGGGCAGACUCCAUGCACCCUCAGAGCCCAGCCAGUGUCCUAGAGGGGAACUAAGGCUGAGCCAGCAGAAAGGAGCCCGGCCAGGGGAAGAAAAGAUUCUCUUCCCCCAGCCCCAAGGAGGUACAAGCAUAAACCAAAGCCAGCCAUCUCCUCUGCCCAGGGUGGAGAGCUCCCAGGGCAGGCCAGCAUGGCAGGGUCUAGGACCUGGUGAGUCUGGGCACUGAUGGAGGAAGCAGACUGGUUUCUCCCUGCCCCUCCUUGGGGGCUGCACAGCCGAGAGAAACUCCUCAAGCAGCAGAGGGUCCCAACCACAGUAGAGGAAGCCUUGGCCAAGAGUCAGUACCAAUAUGCAGAGCUCCUGAGGGGAAACAGAAGGAAAGAAGCCUCUGGGAGUCAACUCCUACAGCCCCUUGCCUGGAGGCCUCCACUUGUGGCAUCCCCCUAGGCUAGAUAGUGUGCCCCCCAGGCCUGGGCAGGGAAGUCCCUUGCCCCCAGGAAACAGGGCCUUGCCCUUGAGGAUAC